AUGGAUGACGAACUUCUGCGCGACCUGCUCACUCUGGAUGGCGAUUUCUCGGGCCAGGCUCCCUCCAGGACCCUCAGUCGCUCUGUGGCCCCCUUCCUGGCCAAGUUCUCACCUGCCCACUGGCACAUGCUGUUUGGGGCGCUGCACAAGUACGACUCCGGGUCCAAGGCGCGGCUGGAGGCCAUCUUCGUGCAACGCUACCCCAAGCUCAAAGCGGCGGCCGCCACCUCCACGGAAGCCUACGUCGCGGUGGGCUUCAAGAUGCUGGAGGCGCUGCUAGAGUUUCUGCCCGAGGACCGCCUGAUCAGCUUCAUGCACAAGAAGGAUCGCGACGGGGACAUCGACGAGAUCCUGGGCGCAGACGCCUUCAUCGACAUGGAGCAGGAGACUGACACCCUCAUGGCUGGUCUGCAAGUGCAGCGGACGCAGGGCCUGGCGUCGGUGGCCGCCAGCCAGACCCUGAGCGAGUGGCGGCUGGGGAACGAGUGCGUGAAGCAGAUGCGCGCGGCGGGGCUCAAGGUCCUCAAGCCGGAGUGCUUCGAGGUCAUCCAGCGCGCCUUCCAGUCGCAGGCCGAGACCCUGCUGCGGCGCGCGAUGGCGGUGGCUCGCCACCGCCAGGACAAUGCAAGGCGCCAGCCCGGCGUGUCGGUCACGCACGACCCGCGGCGAGGUGUGCUGGGCCUCGAGCGCGCCGCGCGCGCGGCGGCCGAGGCGAAGCUGGCCGCGGAGCGUGAGGCGUUGCUCAAGGCCGCGGGGUCGCGGCGGGCGGACGAGGAGACCAAGGAGCGGGCCCAGAAGGCCAAGGCAGAGCUGGCAGGGCGUGCGCAGGCCAGCGCCGCCAACGCCGCGGUGGCGGCCACGCUCGGCGGCAAGGGCGGCCGCUUCGCGCGCUUCGAGCGCCUGGGCGCUGCCGGCCUGGGCGCAAAGCUGUUUGGAGGACCUGCCAAGGUCACGGAGGAGACGGAGACCCUGACCCUACCAGACCUGUUGACCGCCAUGGAACGCGACCGGCACUACGCCAAGAGCUCGCUGCUGUACACUUGGCGCAAUCGCCUAGUCCAGGGCUGA